AGGGGCCGGAGCGGGGAGCAGCCGCCGGGCAAGGAAAGAUGCUGCCGGGCUGACCCGGCGCGGAGCCGCGAAGGAUGGACGUGGAAGAUGUGACUGAUUUCAGAGCCCUACGAGCAAAAUUUCAAAAUGAUUCCAACUUGGCCAACAAGCUGCUGCAGCCAUGGAAGAAACCUCCCAUGGGAAUCCCUCCCAAGUUGGGCUCUGCAAAUAAGGUCAUGUCUAGCCCUCUGCUUCCAAGGAAGAGAGAAGUGAUGAUACUAAAACCCAAGGAUGAACCUGCCCAGCCUGCCUCCCAGCCUCUUGUGCUCACCCAGUGCAGCCCCUCGGCAUGGCCUCGAGCCAAGCUGGCUUACGUGGAGCCAACAGUGCUUGAUGAAGGCAACGUCUCAGAGAAAGGGCUGAAUUCUCCCAAGAGCAAUCCAGAGAAGCCUCUGUCAUCUUCUUGCACUGACCAUCAAGGAUCAUCUCAAACAUCUCAGCUCCCAAUUUCUUUCCACCAUGCCCUACAGAUCUGUGAAAACACUUUAUUCCGCAGUGAGAAAGCGAGUGCAAUGUUCCCAGCUCAACGGGCAGCAAACCUAUACGUGUACCCCAGUCCCGAGCAGAGGGCAACGUGUGCUCCUGCUGCCUCAGGCAGCAGCAGGAUACGACUGUCUAGGAGCAAGCCCGUGCUGGACUUGCCUGCCUGGAAGAAGGAUGCCCUGGCUGGCAACAGGCUUGUCCUUCCCCAGGCUGCCCAAGAACACAGGAGCUCUGAUGAAGAAGGUACUGAGAGCAUGGUGGCAACUGCCUUCUAUCAGCCAGAUUAUCGUGGGCCAAGAGAAAAUCCUCAGCACCAGAAAGAGUCGGAGUGUCUCUUUCACCAGCCUGGAGCAGGAAAGUUUUCUCACAGCCCUAAGAGCAAGUGGCCAAGAAUUAAACCUCUCCCUUCAACUGAAUCCUUGGGUCCUGCCCCUGAGAAGCCUGCAAGACCUCCAAAAUUUGAUCUCAGUACUUUCCAAAGUGCCAUGUAUUCAUCCUGCAGAGGAAAUGAAACAACUGCUGGUGAAGAGGAUUACUUGAGCCCUGAAAGUCCUGGAAGAGCUGAAAUAGAGGAUGAAAAAGAGGAAGAAACAAGUCUUGAAGGAGAGAAAGAGGAAGCAAAGAAAAUUUCCAAGCCAGGUGGAAAUGAAUCUCCCAUUAGCCAAACCAAGGAAGAUGGCAGAGGUGAGAUGAAAGUGCCACAAGUCAAGCAGGAUGUGACCAGUACCCAGACUGCACAGCACCCCACCCCACAAGGGCUGGCAAAAGACAGAGCAGAGCUCUCACACUGCAUGUAUUUUGGUGCACCAAAGCCAGAGGUAGAAAGAACAGUCUUGAGCCGAAACACAUGGCAGUUUCUGCAGUCACCGGAGAAUAUAUAUGAUGAUGUUGGGGAAAUGCAAAAUAGACUCAGCAACGUGUCAGAUGCCUCCAGUCCGAUUACUUCAGCCAGCAGAAACAGCUAUGAAGAAACAUAUGAAGAUGUUGAGAUUGGGAGUGAUAAUCCUGCAAAAACAGAAUGGUCUUCCCUUUCACUACCAAAUUUAGUGGCCGCUUCUCAGGAGGACUCGGUGUACGAUGAUGUCCAGGUGGAGCAGAGAGAGCCAAGAAAUAUCUUCAAAGUCAAGAGCAAUGUAGGAAAAAGCAAGAAGAUGGAAAAAGAAGAGAAGUUGUUUAGAGAAACAUUCAUGUAUGACAAGGAGAUCAAAGUCAUCAGCACAGCCACUGCCCAGUGCUCAGUCCCCAGUAAGAGGAGAGUCGAUCUCGCGGUCACAGCUGGAGAACAGCUGGAUGUUAUUGAUGUCACCGAGGGCAACGCAGUGAUUUGCCGCAGUUCAGAGGGCAGAUAUGGGUAUGUUCUAGUGGAGCAUUUGAACUUCAGCACUGCUGGUACGUCCUAAACACGACAAAACUUGAAAGAAUUCUCACGUGAAUUUUAAACUCUGUUCCUUCACCUUCCUCCUCAAAAUGGAGAUCAUCAUGAUAACCAUCCUGACUUGCUGAAUCUGAGGGACAACUUGUGAAUUGUAUAAGAAGGAGAGUGAAGAUAGGGAUGAAACUGGAGCAUUCAUUGCAGCUGUAUGCUUUAACCAGAUUUUCAGCCCUCUACAUCACAGGCAUAUGGGAACUAAGUCCACAGUUCUAACCCCCCACCCUCCCCCAAGGGCCUUUCUUGCAAUGAAAGGUUAUUUUUGCACAAGAUCUUCAAAAUCCUUCUCUCUAUGCUUUGGUGUAAGAAGUUGAGAUCUCAGUCAGGACUUGUCCAUCAGCUUUGCUGGAUGCACAUUACUACACCAGAAAACCUUUGGGUCUGGCUUGUAGCAUGUAUUCUGGGCUGGGAAGCUGUUUUUGUUAUAUUUAUAUAUAUAUAUUUUUUUAAUUCUCCUCCUUGCCCCUUCCCCCCCACCCACCAAGCCCUGGAGCAUCCAUGGCCCUGCAGACAUGAUGUGCUGGGAGCAUUUCCGGAGGGGAACUCUACCAGCACAACCCCAGUCUGCAAAGAGGGGCUGUGCAAUAAGUAAGUUUAAAGGAUUUGUUGAUUUUGUCUCUUUUCACCUCUGAGUUUAUUAAAGUGCAAAUGUCAACCAUGGAGACAGCUAUCACAUGCAGUGCAGUACACUGAGAAACACUUUCCACACCAUAAAUGGAAGGUAAAAGGCUUUGUUGUGAUUAUCUAAUGCACAGUUACUUGCACAAAGGACAAAACUGAACCUAGGCUCUGUGCCCUUCCACAACAGCUAGCCCAGAAAGUACUAAAGCAAUUAAUUUAAGAACAAAACCUUCUCCAGUCCAUCAGCUGACAAAAUACAAAAUGCCAAGGAUGGAGUAUUUCUAGAGCUUGGUAUUUUUUUCUGAGCUUCAUGUUAAUGAUAAGUUUGAAGGGAUGCUUAUACUUAGGGACUUUACAGUUCAGUGUU